CACUCUUCGGCACUAUCCAUCCAUAGCCAUAUACAGUCCUGCGAUACUCACGACUGAUUCAACCAGUCAGCGUCGUCUGCGCCGCUUUCGCACUCCAAGGCUACAUGCAAGCUUCAAGCUCUUCCUAAUCAGGGUUGCUUCUCUGCUCCUUGUGCCUCGCAUUGACCUUUGCUCGGCCAUUCACGCGUCUUUAUCCCCCACUGGCGAGCCUCCGCUAUACUAACCCUCAUCGCCCAUGUCUUUGUUGAGCGAUGACGGUUCUUAAUCAACGAUCCCGUGGCCUGCCAUUCCUGCAUCGGAACUGGCUCAAAGCCACCAACCACUGGCACUCGAAGAUGGGAAAUAAGCCUUCCUCACAGUCUCGCGACGCCGGCGACAACAGGCUUGCUGCAAACGAGGACGGCUCUCAGCGCCCUGCCAAGCGUCGCCGAGUCAACAGUGAAUAUGAUGGCUUCCCACUGUUUGAGCAAUACGGAACCGCCCAGCGAGCCCUUCGCAUCGAGGUGCUCAAGAUCAGUCACAAGGACUCGCCCCGGGUGAAGAACGGCAUCCUAAAUGGCAUCGUCGCCCCCAACGUCCGGGAUAUCGUCCAGAUCAAGGCCCGCUGCAAGCUCACCAUCUACGGCCACACGGGCGGCGAGCAAGUGGUCCUGCAUGUUGACAGCCAGGUCUGUGACAUCCGCGUCUUCAAAAACCCGGCCGGCUCCGCUCCCAUGGCCCGCUUUUCCUCCAUCAGGCCGUUCCAUAUUCCAGAGGAGAAGAUCUUUGUCGAGCGAGAUGACGACUCGGUUUUUGGCUUGGCCAAGUGCUAUUCAGUGCACGUUGAGCUCGAGUCCGCAGGUGACGCAAACUGGCCCCCGGCCGAUCUUGUCCCUGUCAGCGACGAGGAUGCCUUCUACAACCGCGGCCUCCCGUCCCGCCAAUGGGUACUCACCGCGAGUAUCCCCGACAUCUUCAACAGCCGCAACCGCAAGUCUGUCCGCCUAAAGGUGAAGAAACAACCCCGCGCCGAGGUCGCCACCAAUUUCCUCAUGGACAUGGAUGUCCGUUGGAUGACAGCCAUCUCGAGCCAACAGGUGCUGAAGGAGCACUCCAAGGAUAUUCAGCCCUCUAUUAUGGUGAUUGACCCUCAUGAGCCUGCCGCCGCUGUGGUUAACGGCGGCGUCAGCGGUGUUAAUGGCGUCAAUGGCAUCAAUUGGCAUCGCCCGGACCUCCACUUAAAUGGCGACGUGGCAAGGAUGGUGAAUGGGCAAGCAAAUGGUGCCGUUGCCGAUACCCUCGAAGAGCUAGCAGAGGGCGAGCUUACUCCCGGCCGGUCUCGACGAGCAAGGCAAGACAUCAACUACAACGUCAAGCAGAUGUGGAACAAUGCGGUGGGAAGGGAGACGAGAAAGCGACGGAAGGGCGACGAACACAGCCAGUUAGAAGAGCACACAAUAACCUACCUGUUCCCUCCUGAGCAGGUUCAGACGGAUAGGUUCGCCUGUCUGCUCUGCGGAGCCGAGAAUGAGCGACUGAGCCAGCUGCGCGCUCACUACUUGAGCCAUCCACAAUAUCAUUUUGACAUCGAUUUGAGGAGGGGAGGGUACUAUGUCACUGUGAUUCGAAACGGCAAUGGCCAAGGUUCCCCAUUGAGACCGAGAGUAUAUCAGCUCGGUCUGCCGGUGAAGCCCCUGGACUUGGACAAGUAUGUCAAGGGAGAUGACUCAUGGGUCACAUCCCGCCUCGGCCCGGAUAAUGAUCGUGAGCUGUUCCCGGAGAAAGCUGCAACGGCAAACCGAACGAAGCUAGCCGCUAAGCGCACGCGAAAGAAGGUUCUGGUUCCAAAGACCAAGCAGCCUCUCUUCCACCCUUUGAGCAAGGUUCAGCUGGUCCCAGGCACCCCAGUCCCUCAACUUCCCGUGGACGAUUCUUGGUUGCUCCUCAAGCAUCGGGAUAACCUACAAGAUUUUAUCGACCUAAACCCAGAAGAAAAGGAGUACCUGCAAGAGUGGGACGCCUUCAUCCUCAGGAAGCACAUCUCAUCGGAACAGUACCUGCCGCGCAAUUUCCUCCGUUUUGUUAGGGAGAAGGCAUCCUGGAUCGUGGCGAAGCAGUCCCGGGCCGAGGAGUUCAGCAAGCACGUCGCGACCCUCCUGGCCCGGCGUGUCCUCCCUGACUCUGCCAUAUUUGAGGCCACCCAGAUUCUAAACGAUGCGAGGAGUCGUCAGGCGGAGGCGGAACCGGCCCAGCCACCCAAAAAAAAGGUAACGGGCGGCUGCUGUACUGCUUGUGGUGAGCCCGUGCCCGUGUCGGCAAUGCUGGUGUGCACAAACAAGCAAUGCAAGGAUCGUCUUUAUCAUGACUCUUGCGUAGAUAAUACCGAGCAGGCAGUCGCAAACCGUAGGAACUGGAAGUGCAAGGCUUGCUCUUAGGAAGAGAUAAGGCCAAGGCGCAGGAGGCGGCAGCCAAGACGGUUGGCAUGAGACUACCGGUUCGAUAAGAUAAGUGAGGUGUUGGCAACGGCUCACCUAGGGGCUCCAAGGAGUGAUAUCCAUGAACUG